AUGUCAUCUUCACCAUCACCUAAGAAAAACCCACCAACAGAAUCGGCUGUGGUGGUUCAAGUCGAACCCUCAUCACCGCGUUUCCCUGUCACCACUCCAACAUCUGGUGCUCAAAGGAGAAUAGGAAUUGCUGUUGAUCUCAGUGAUGAAAGUGCUUUUGCUGUCAAAUGGGCUGUUCAAAACUACUUGCGUCCUGGUGAUGGAGUGAUCUUAGUCCAUGUUCGGCCCACAAAUGUUCUUUACGGUGCUGAUUGGGGUGCAUUGCCAAUUAAAGAGAACUACAAUUUAGAUGAUCAAAAUGAACAGAAUCAGCAAAAGAUUGAAGAGGAUUUUGAUCUCUUUACGAGCACGAAAGCUAAUGAUAUAGCACAGCCACUUGUUGAUGCUAACAUACCCUUUAAAAUUCAUAUUGUAAAGGAUCAUGAUAUGAAAGAAAGGCUUUGUUUGGAGGUUGAGAGGUUGGGGUUGAGUGCUUUGGUAAUGGGGAGUAGAGGGUUUGGUGCUUCAAGGAAGAGCAACAAAGGGAGGUUAGGGAGUGUUAGUGAUUAUUGUGUCCGUCACUGUGUUUGUCCUGUUAUUGUUGUGAGGUGUCCUGAUGAGAAAGAUGAUGGUGAGGGGUCAGAGAGGGAUGACAAGGCGGCUUUGGGUCCUGUGAUGGAGGAGAAGGAGCAGGAGGAGCACGACAUGGGCGAUAAACAAGCAGAUGGGCAAGCACCAAAUCUUGAUAUCUCAAUUUCAUUAGCUUCCAUAGUUACAACUUACAAGGACACUAGCAAGCACCAAAAUUUUGAAAGUCAUCCAAUAGAAGGAAAAGAGAUGGCCAGAUUGAUCUUAAGCUCAGAUGGAGAUCGCAACGCCAAGAUAUUUUCACCAGGUUAUUACAGCCACAAAUUAUGCAUUAUUUUAAGGGAAACCAUGGAUUCUUCUGUGGGCUGGGAAUGA